UAAAUGUCAGUUGGCCUGAUAUGACUUUCGGACUUGGACACUUUUCACUCUCAAAAUUGUUGUAUCGUAAAUCAGAUCCCCUGGAGCGAGACUUAUUUUGAAACAUUUAAAAUUUCUGUUUUUGUGGAUCCGCUUUGCGUUCUACAAUUGUUUUCGGCCGAAAAACCAAAGUCAGAAAAAUUAGUAAUCGCGAAAUUAGUUCUUGUUCUUGACGUGGUAGUCCGAAAUUAAGCCAAAAGCAAGAUGCCAUUGCUAUCGAAAAACCUGCCAAUGAUACGCCAGAUGCGAACGCUGGCCAUCAAGGCACGGCUGGAGCAGGGUCAGCACACCAACAGUGCCAUCCUGAAGGCGAAGUCCUGGUGCCAGGAUUGGCCAGCGCGCGAGGAGAAUUACGCUGCUGCCCAGCUUCAACGGCAAAAGCAGCCCAUUCGCACGUUGAGCAACCGAUCUCCCUCGCAGCUGGACUUGGGCAUGUUCCGGCCGGUGAGCAUGCCGGACCAGGCCUAUGUCCCAGCACUGCCCAACCGUAACACCACGGUGGCCGCCCAGAACGCCCGAAGGGGAAGGGCUGUCCGGGCAGAUCAUAUGGAUCGCAGAAUGGAUAUGAGCGACUAUAGGCAGGAGAUGAUGGCUGCGGACCGCGUCGACGAGGCGGAGGCUGAUCCAGAAGCGGAGCUGUCACAGCAAGAGCACAGGAUGGAGCGCAGGCCAGAGAUGAGGACGGACCCGGACCACGACUUCGAGUCGGACCUGGAGGUGCGGUCUGUCAGGGAGGCAGUCUUUGGGAUGCCGGACGACAGCGAAGAGGAUGACCGGCUGCGUGCCCAGGCCGAUACGGAGUUGCUGCGUCGGGUUGCGGCCCAAAAAGUCAAGGAGCCGCCAACGCCCCCCAUUUCCCGGAAGGUCAUUCAGCCGUAUGCCUCAUACCGAAACCACCGGACCCGUUGGGCAGAGUUUCGACACAGCAUGAUCUAUGGACGCAGCAUUUUCUAGAUGCAUCGUUAUCCCAAAUGGCGUCGCUGGUUUUAAUAGGACAUCUAAAGGCCAACAAGGAACAGUUAAAAUUAACAGUUCAGUUCAAAUUAACAAUGAGUAUCAGUUCAAAUUACUUUUUAGAGCUCAUUUAGUAUCAUUUUGCAAUACCUAAAAUCGUGACUGUAUUUACCAAAAAUGAUUUACAACCUAUAAUAGUGUGAAAAACAAAAAAAUACAAAUAUAAUUUACUAAAUGGG